AUGGACCACGGGGAGCGGCCGGAACAUCUUCCUGUCAACUGCUACGUCGUCCCGCAGACCACGGGGAGCGGCCGGAACAUCUUCCAGGGCGGCAGCCCGCUGUCGUCGUCGCUGCCCCUCCUGGGCGUGCAGCUCGUCCUCAUCGUCGCUGUCACCCGCGUCCUCUACUUCUUCCUCAGGCCGCUCAAGCAGCCCCGCGUCGUCUCCGAGAUCGUGGGUGGCAUUAUACUUGGCCCGUCGUUCCUGUGCCGCAACGACGAGUUCAGGCAGCUGGUGUUCCCGCCGAGGGGUGAGCCGGUGCUGAACACGGUGGCGACGUUCGGGCUCAUGUACGUCAUCUUCCUCAUCGGCGUCCGGAUGGAUCCGAGGCUCGCCGUCCGGUCCGGCAAGAAGGGCGUGGUCAUCGGCCUCUCCGGCUUCCUCCUUGCGCUUGCCCUGACGGCGAUGGGCUCGAAAGGCGACGCCCUCGCGGAGGAGCAGGACGUGUCGAAGCGCUUCACGUUCCUGUUCGCGCUCUCGGCCUCGCUCUCCGUCACGUCCUUCGCGGUGCUGUCCCCGAUCCUGUCCGAGCUCAACCUCCUCAACUCCGACCUCGGCCGAAUCGCCAUGUCGGCGUCCAUGACCACGGACGGCAUCGCGUGGCUCAUAAUGGUGGGCUACGUCCUCACCGAGGCGUACCUCGUGUCGCCGGCCACGUCGCUCUGGGCCUUCAUGUCCGUGGCGGCGCUAGUCGCGUUCAUACUGCUGGUGGUGCGCCCGAUAGCGCUCAUGGUGAUCGAGCGCACGCCGCCGGGCCACCCGGUGGACGAGACCUACGUCUUCUUCUUCCUCCUCAUUGUGCUCCUCGUCGGGCUGUACAGCGACAUCAUCGGCACCAACUCCUUCCACGGCGCGCUCAUGCUGGGGCUGGCGAUCCCCGAUGGCCCGCCGCUCGGCACGGCGCUCGGCGAGAAGAUCGAGGCCAUGGUGUCAGGGCUGAUACUGCCGCUCUACUACGCCAUGACCGGGCUCAGCACCGACGUGUGGGAGAUACAUUGGGGCAGGUUGCAGAUGGUCAUGAUCCUUGCGUGGAUCGGAAAGCUGGCCGGCGUCAUGGCGUCGUCGGUGUACCUUGAGAUCCCGUUUCUGGACGCCGUCUCGCUCAGCCUCUUCAUGAACUCCAAGGGCAUCGUCGAGAUCAUCACCUUCACCUUCUUCGUGACCAACAAGCUGAUUGGCAAGCACACUUUCAGCGCGCUGGUGUGCUCGUCGGUGCUGAACACGGCGCUGUCCGUGCCGUUGGCGGGGUUGCUCUACGACCCGGCGCGGCGCUACGCCGUGUACAAGCGGCGCACGGUCCAGCACCUCAAAGCGGACGCCGACUUGCGGAUUCUGGCGUGUGUCCACGACGAGUCCCACGUCCAGGGCACGCUCGCGCUACUGGAGGCGUCGCACGCCACGCCGCAGACGCCCAUCGCCCUCUACCUCCUUCAGCUCGUGGAGAUCGCCGGCCGCUCCGCACCGGUGUUCAUACCCCACAAGCUCCGCCGGAGCGCCUCCACAGUCGGCCCGGCACCGACGUCCACCGACUCUGACCGCAUCAUCAACGCCUUCUUCCAGUACGAACAGCGGCAGCCGGAGGGCGCCGUGUCCGUGCAACCCUUCACAACCAUCUCCCCCUACUCCUCCAUGCACGACGAGGUGUGCCGCCUCGCCGUCGACAAGCGAACCUCGCUCAUCCUCCUCCACUACCACAAACGCCACAUGCUCGCCGGCGGCAUGCGCGCCGCCAUGGGGCUCCGCGUCGUCAACCGCAAGGUGCUGGAGGUCGCGCCGUGCUCCGUCGGGGUCUUCGUCGACCGCAACGCCGGUAACGUCCAGGAGGAGCUCGUCGGCGACAUGGAGAAGAUCGUCGAGGUGCUGAGGGGCCUCGACAAAGCCGGCUACGACCUCGUCAUCGUCGGAAUGCGGCACAGGUGGUAUCCGGUGAUGUCCGCGAACGGGCUGUCGGACUGGAGCGAGUGCCCCGAGCUCGGAGUCAUCGGCGACCUCCUCGCGUCGUCCGACUUCGACACGCCGUACUCUGUGCUCAUCAUGAAGCAGCAGGACCAGGGCGGGCUGAAUGCCGCCGUGCCGGGUGCCCAGGACGUGUGGCACGGCGACGAUGGUGGGCCGGCGCCGCCGCCAGAGCGAACAAUGACGACCGCUGGAUCUAGCAAGUUCCGGCAGUAG